UGAUAAUAAGUAAGAAGGGUCGGCAGUCCGGCGGUGGUUGGCUGACUUGUUUCUCUGCUUCAUCACUCUCACUGUCACUCUUCAUCUCGCGUUUGCGCGUGUGUACCGUUACAGAUCUUGUUCGACAGAGCUACGGAAAUUCUCAUCCUGCGCCACAAGCUUCGCGUCUGUUGCAUUGACAGUUGUUUGAUCUCCAACCAGAUUUGACUUCCUUAUACCAUGCGCACUUUCCAUCUCGUCGCCGCGCUCUUUGUCACGCUAUGCGCUGCGACGCCUAAAGCAAGACCAGAAGUCGAAGCAGACGCCGUGCCUCAGAUCACCAAUAAUGCGCCUUUUUCAGGAGCGAUCUAUUUAGUCAAUCCCAAUGGCCAGCAAGUGACAGCACAAAGCACAAACUAUUGCCCUUCAUCCGCGUCCCAGAGCUGCAGCUCGGUGAGCGCGCCCAGCUGGUGCUGCCCUGCCAACUUCGCAUGCGUUGUCCCCGCGAACUCGAAUGGACUUCUUGGUUGCUGUCCAGCAGGAAGCACAUGCGGUGGCUCUGUGAAUGCAGCAGCGAUAGUAACCGUGACAGUGCUAGCUCAACCAGAAACCACAUACAUACAGCAGCCGACGUCCUUCAUCGUUUACAAUGCGCCGACCACAGUGCAAGGCGGCUUCUGCGCGACAAUCACAAUGGAUGGACCUGGGUUACCAAAGGCAGCGGAAGGGCAAUGUGGGACCAUUUUGAUUGUCGCAGAAGGUGUCUCUUUAAGGAUCUUUGGCAUGGGAGCCAGCAUUACUGCAGUACUGUUACACGCUGCCUUGGGUCGAAUGUUCCGGUAAGGUCGACCACGAUACAGCAUUGAUGAUUAACGAUGAUACGUACGCUCUACGAACCUAGACUAGCAACUUACUCUCGCGAGACGAUAAC